GUCCAAAGAGAGCCACUCAACUUGAGCCAUUCUUUGCAUUGCAGACCCAGCAGUAGCAAGAGUCUACAGCUGUUGUUCACUUUGGUUUCGGCAACAAGACUCAAGACUCAAGUGGAUAUUCAUUUUCUUCUCAACGAAGCAGACCAAGAGCACGCUUCUUUCUAUUUCUGCCAUGUUCCACUGAAUCAGUACAGACGAGGCAUUGUGUCCCUGCAAUUGAAAAUAUCAAAGACCAUCCUGGACAAGGAGUUUCUGUCAGACCCCCACUGUUGUUCUCCAAUCUGCACCCCACUCUGAACAAAGAAGCGUAAAGGGACCGCAGAUCCAGGUGCUGCCAUGGUGCGUGGUGGCGGCGUGGCAGCCGCUCCAUCCCGUUGGGGCCUGUGGGCUCUCUCAACUUUGACGUUGGCGGCGCUGUGCUUAUCCGACCAGGCCAUCCGCUGCCCGGUGUGUUCCGAGGAGAGGCUGGCCAGCUGUCAACUGCCGGACAACUGCGAGGAGACGGUGCGAGAGCCUGGCUGCGGCUGCUGCCCCACGUGUGCCCUCCUCAAAGGGGCGCACUGUGGCGUCUACUCGCCACGUUGCGGCACCGGCCUGCGCUGCUACCCCCCGCGGGGCAUCGAGAGGCCGCUGCACUCGCUCAUGCACGGCCAGGGCGUGUGCACCGAUGAGAGAGAGGUGGAGGAAAACUCAGUGAUGGAGCAGCAGGAUGAAAUCAUCCCUGAUCAUCCCAACAACAGCAACAUCCGAUGCAGUCCACAAGACAAGUGGUGCAUACAGAAGACCCUGGCACGACACCCACCAAAAUCCACAAAUCAGAGAAGCAACACGGCACGGGAGGAAGCCAAGGCAGCACUGGCUCCAUGUCGUGCCGAGCUACAGAGAGCGCUGGACAGAUUGGCAUCCAAUUCCCGCACACACGAUGACCUCUUCACAAUUCCCAUUCCCAACUGUGACAAGAACGGAGAUUUCCAUGCUAAACAGUGCCAUCCUGCACGUGACGGUCAGCGAGGAAAGUGCUGGUGUGUGGAUCAGAAGACGGGCAUGAGGCUUCCAGGCCCGCUGGAGCUGCGAGGGGAACUGGACUGCCACCAGUUAAUGACUGCGACGCUGAGGGAUUGAAAAACCGGGGGUUGCGUUGAGGGUACUGGAGCAGCUAAGUUCUAUUGGUGCUCAUGAGCUGAUCCAAACAUGGAAUCCCCACGCAGUCUCACGUCAUUUGGGGCUAACGGUACUUGAGCUCAUGCAACAAAGGGAAGUUUGAAAUGGAAAUGAGUUUUUUGUUGUUGUUUUGUUACUCUGUAAGUCUUUUGAGCACUUGCCAGGUAUUGUUUCUACUAUGUGAACGUCACGCCCAUAGUCGUAGAAAUAGGUGCUUGAACAAGUGGCAGUAAAAAUAUACUAAAUGUUGUAUGAUGUAGAUAAAAGGUCCAGCAACAAAGCAGAUAUUGCAAAGUAACAACAGUUCAGUCCACUUCAGCCAGCAAUAAAAAGAAAUGAAGAUGAAAACAAAAAAAGGGUCAUGCCAAAAUCCUCUUAUACGACCGGAUGAUUACAUUUUUUACAACAUCUCUGCAACAGUCUGUAAAAAAAAUUCUAAAACACUAAACUAUCAGUCAGCCAGAGCCCAGAAAAGAUUUACUUUAUCACCAAACGAUAACUCUGCAACCCCUUCUAUUUCCCAACGACUUGUCUCUCGUACACUGGUCUCAAAGGACUGAAAAAUCCCGGUAAAUACCACAAUUGUGCCUGCUAUAGCUGCCAUAGCUAUGUGGCUUUUGUGCAUUUAUACAUAUACCCUUUCGUCAACAACUGUACUGGUGCUAUUUACUGACUGGGCCAACACACAAGUAUACUUUUUGGCCAUUGUUUGACUUUCUAGAAGACAUUUUUCAAUAGGCUACUGCAACUUAGUACAUUAGUUUUAAUACCUGACUCAGUAUUUUAUUGCCCAGUGUUAUAUACUCCAAAUCUAUAAAUUCAACACGCUUUACACCAGGGGUGUCCACAGAGAAAACCGGAAGGAAAGGGGGUGAAGCACUUUAAUCCAUUUUGUAAAUUAAAGAUGCUAAAACCAAUUGAGGUCAGUACGGUCAAACGUUGGUCUUUGUAUUGUCCAGUGUCGUAAGAUUUGGAUGUUUUUGAUUUUGCUUUGGUUUUUGUCUACUGUCUCGAUAGUUUCAUAUGAUUGGGAUGUUUUCACAAAAAUUUCGCCUCGGUUUUCUAUGCUGUCUUGGUUUUUGUAUGCCCCGGUUUUAUAUGUGUUUGACAAAAAUGUAGCCAGAAUUGUGCCUCUGCUUUUGUAUACUGUGUCAAUUGUUGUGAGUUUUGUGUGAUUUGUAAAUUUUCAUCAAAGACUUUGCCUCGGGUUUCGUAUAUGGAAUAUAUAUAUAUAUAUAUAUAUAUAUAUAUAUAUAUAUAUAUAUAUUUUCUUUUUCUUAUGCCCAAGUUUUGUAUGAUUUGUUUGUUUUCGCAAAAAUUUUGCCUCGAGUUUUGUACACUCUUCUUGCUUUUCAUAUGUCCCAGUUUAUUCAUUCUAAAAUGAAUCGUAUGUUUGUUGAAAAUUUUUGCUAAAAUCCAUUUUGUUUUUUGUCGAACAAAAACCGAGGCACCACUGAGGUAUCCACAUUUUAGCUUUGUGUGUUACAGGUGACAAAAAAAAAAGUGUCUCUAUCUAACUUUGUAUCUCUUGAAUAAUUCAAUCAUUAUUUUUAGAAUCUACUGAUCCGCGGAAUCACCGCCAGGCCGCCCUUUGGACACCCCUGCUGGACACAAACACAACCAGAGAGUGCAGUAAAGUUUUAUGAUAAAGAGCUUGGCAGGAAACCAACUUGUAUGUUGCUGUAAAGAUACAUGACAGGGAAUAACAGCCACUUCUCACUAGAUGAUGACUUUUUCUAGUUUUUGGACAUUAGCACAAUUCCAGUCAAGUUGCUAAAAGCCUAACAACGUAAUUCUACGCAUGUGAAAAAAUGUUAAAGAACUUGUCUGUACAACAAUAAACACAACUCAAGGGUUCUUGAGGCAUUCAAUCCAUUGCAACUGAACUGCUCCAUCAUUUCUCAUAGAGGCGAGAGCAUGAACUGAUGUAGUUCAUGCUCAAAGGCGAGAAAGGACAGUCCUGGCAUAAACUGAUUAAGGUCAUGCUCAAAGGCUGGAUAGGACAGUUUUUUCUAAAGCUCUGUUCUAGAGCAGUCCUAUCUAGUUUUUGAGCAUGAUAUUUGGGCUUUAUUCUAGAGCACUGGUCUCGAGCUGUCCUAUCCAGUAUUUGAGCAUGACCUUAAUGAGUUGAUUCAAAAGCUAUCCUGUCAAAUCCUUAGUUCAUGCUCCGGCCUUGCGCUGUCCUAUUCUGAACUUCCGGUCUAAACUGUCCUGCCUGUCUUUAAGCAUGUGGCCUAUUCUACAGACUCCAGAUCAGUCCUGUUCUAGAGCUUUGGUAUGGAGCUGUCCUAUCUAGUCUUUGAGCAUAAAUAGAUGCCGUUCAUGCUCUGGUCUAGGGCUGUCCUAUUCUGGUGCUCUGGUCUAGAGCUGCCAUAUCUAGUUUUUUAGCAUGAACUUCAUCAGUUCAUAUUAAAGCUGUUCUAUCUGGUCUGUGAGCAUGAAUUGAUGGAGUUCAUGCUCCGGUCUAGGGCUGUCCUAUUCUGGUGCUCUGGUCUAGAGCUGAACCAAUGAAGGUCAUGCUCAAAGACAAGAUAGGACUGAUGAAAAGUCAAGACUAAAAACAAAACAUAUGAAAACCAAAGCAAUUUUUCCCCUCAGAAAAAAAAUGCUGAUCCAAUUAAUUCCUUCUAGACACCCAAAAUUAUGAAUAAAAAACAACAUUUUAUCGAGAUAAUUAUAGUUUUACAUGCAGAAAUCAAUGUGACAUAAUCGUAAAUGACAAAUGAACAUUGAACACCAUCAGACUCUUGUGGCUCUAGACUUGUUGCUGGUUGCUGGUUCGAUCCUCGGUCGUCUCAUCACCAUGUCGAAGCAUCCUCAGGCCGUAGGCAAAUGCGGUAACAAUGUACUGAUGGAAGCCUGAGACAACCUCAACAGCCCAGUUGCGAUGCAUUCAGAGAUCUAAGAAAAAACAAACAAACAUAUAUAUAUAUUGGAAAAAAAAAAAUACACCAGGACGCCCGAGUCAGACAGUUUCAGUGUCGUAAGUUGCAGUAUAAACUUGCCAAAUAACACACUUUUAAAAAGGGGGGCUCACCAAGACACUGACAGUAUAGGAAUAUUACUUGACAAAAAACACAUGUUUUUCCAAAGAUUACUAACAAAGAGCGAGGAUAUUUCCGCACUUGCAACCAUGACAGCUUAUUAUUGGUAACUACUAUGUCAACGAUCUAAUGUGUCUCGUCCGGGACAUUUAUAUUCCAACACUGAAAUGAUCAGUGAACUGAAAGUGAGAUUUGCAUCCAAUGAAAGGAGUAGUUAGAUCAUUUAUUUAAUAGAAA